AUGCACGACAUUGUCACGAAAUCUUUAACAACGACCAGCAACUUGCACCCAUCGUCCGACGAAUCGACCCCAACCCUCACAAAGCAGCGGAAGAAUACGGACCCUCGUUGGUCUCAGCCCCAGGAACUACCUAACAUUAAUACAGAAGUACUAGAGAAUUGGCAAAUGAGGCUCCCAAACGACCACACGCCUAUCCAAUCGUCUGCACCGCGCAGGCCAACACCAGCAGGAGGUCUCCAAAAGCGCAGCUACCCCACCCGCCCCGACUCUGAGGCAUCCAUUCAGAUGGACAAAUCUGCCCCCGCUUCGAACAACCGUUGGCUGUCCAAUGGCAAUGGACAAUUUGUUGACUCGGAUGCGACGAACUGGGACCUCUCCGACAGUCUCGUCAAGUUGAACAUCGGAGACGUCAGUGGUGCCGAUGACCACGUUCACGGGCAGAUGUCAACACCACCCAAAUCGACGAUAGGGUCAUCAGCUGUAGUCCCGCUAAGUGAAACUAGUCCGCUCGAAACGUCUUCCAAUCCAAGCAUCGACUCUUCUCCUCAUCCCUCCGAUCAUCAAAUCAGCAUCUCCCACUCCCGUGGUUCAUCAACAGACUCGACCGUUUCGAGUUCCCACGAGUCGACUAUGUCGGGAGUAGGCAAUACGCUUCUGGCGCCCGCUCAUGUCUCUGCAAAGUCCGGGGCAGACACAAAGGAACGUCCCCACUCAUUUAGUGGCGGCCUAUCGGCUGCAGACCUUCGCCGCCUUCAGCAAGCGGGUGAAGUUGACGACCAUUUCUCGCAGCAGCAACAAUGGCCGGGAGCUGCUUACCGCGACAGCGGAGCGGUCAACGACAGACAGUACGAACAGCUACCGUAUCCUACGCUGGUUCAUCCCAGCGCAAUAAAUCGCCCUCAGCCACUCCAGCCACCUUUCGAUUACCAAUUAGCCCAAUCGCAGGACAACUUUGCCUCAGUUCACAACCGUGACGACCUUCAGAUUGAUUACGCUUUGCAACAAAGAAACUACAAUCCGAUCCAACCGUCUGUGUUGGGCGGUCAUGCUGCUGCUUAUGCACCUCCUCGCCCAGCAAAUCUGCAAUCGCUUCCUUAUCGCCAGACUCACCGCGGCUUCAACCAACCCGGACUGAUGCCCAGCCCAUCGUUCCCUACGCACACAACACACCUUUCAUUAGGGAAUACGCAACAGCUUUACGACAUGAUGAUCCCCCCUCACGAUCCUGCAGUGGCGCGCGUCCAACAGCAGCACAACGUCUUCCGUGCUACUCAUCAUCACUCAGCGUCGGACCCAUCUGCUAUCAGAGAUGCCGCCGUUUUGGCUGCUUUGGGAGGCAACAUGCAAGGGUUCCCCUUCCCCGCUGGUAUGGCACCUCCAGCUACAAUGGGGAUGUAUCCGAACCAAUAUUACGGAGCUCAAGAUGCUUACCAACGCAACGAUCUCGCAACGGCCCAGGCUCUGGUUGCUGCCAGGCUUCAGUCUCAAUAUACUGGUCCUUAUUCAGUCCUACCUCCCGCCGUAGAGCCGGCUUUAUCGAGCCCCGCCUCUCCGAGCAAUGCAUCAGGUGGACCGAGCGCCAACAACAGGAAAUUGGGAUUGUACAAGACGGAGCUUUGCCGUAGCUGGGAAGAAAAGGGUUCUUGUAGGUAUGGCACAAAGUGCCAGUUUGCGCACGGCGAAGACGAGAUUCGUCUCGUAUCCAGACACCCGAAGUACAAGACUGAAAUUUGUCGAACGUUCUGGGUAUCUGGCUCUUGUCCAUAUGGCAAGCGUUGCUGCUUCAUACACACGGAAGUUCCAAACAACCAGACCGGUGCCGCGGGCGGCACUCCCACCGCCGAUUCUGGACAGCAGCCCUCUCGUCCAGACGGCCGGGAACGUUCGGCCAGUACUAACAGCGAUCCCAACGAUGGAUCGGUGUCACUUCUUGCCCGUCUCACUGCGAAGCGCAGCCAAGAGAACAACAAUCCUUCUACUCCAGUAGAAAUGAACCCGCCCAGCAACCUCCAGUACUCUCGUCCCCCAACAGGUAGCCUGCGUGUGGACACGACGCAGCUCGACGGUCCGUCGCUGUCGAAGCAGAACAAAUCCGCUUAUCCGACAUUCACGAGCAACGGGAUUCUCAUGCCCGCUGGUGACCACUCCGGUAACAAGAGCCCUGCGCCCGUGACUGCAGGACCUGAUCUGGGACGCCAUAACCUCGCCUCGAGGCUUGAGAUUGUGGGCUACCCUCAUCAGUUGCGCGGGGGCAUCAAAGCUGUGUCGAACAGUUCAAGCGUACGACGCUCGCUGGGUGGCAGCGAUGUCGAUGGCAGUUUCAGUCCUUCCCCUCCCAUCUCAGGCGGACAGUCCUCUUUCGGGCUUGCCUCCGCCGUCGAGCCAUCGACCGGCAGCAGCCACCCUUCUCGCAUCGGCGGUCACGUCCGCGCUGGCAGCGCCGGAAACUGGGGGGUUUGGUCAUCCUCCGACCUCGCUGUGGGCUCCUCUAGACUCAACGAAAAGGCAUGGGCAUGA